CUACAUACCAACAAGACAUACCAACUUUCUUGUCUCUCUCAGGUAAUAUCGCACACAUUUUUCUUUCUUCUUCACUUAUUUUCUUUUUUCAAGGCAAAGAAUGCCGGAUAACAAUGUCUUCUACCACAGUUCUCCGUACCACAGCAACAAUUACAUCCUAAGCCUGGCGUUCAACUUCGAUAAAGAAGAAGACGUUUAUCAGUUCGCAUUUUGCUACCCGUACUCGUAUUCUAAAUGUCAGGCUCAUCUGGAUCAUUUGGAGAGGAGAGGAAUGCCAUUCUUCAAGAGAGAGCUUCUUGGACAGUCAUUGGAUUUUAACAAUGAAAUUAUAGUUAUGUCGGUGCAUGACAACUGUCCUCUCUUCAUCCGAAUGGAAAUGCAUAUAUUUUGGCUGGCCAAUAUUGACUUCCCAUCCACCCCCUCCUGGCUGCUCCCACCUCCAGUUGUAUGA